GACAACUUCACAGUUUUUGGAAACCACAUGGCAUUACAGAACUUCUCCUGUUUUUACUGUCAAUUUCUGACGAUUUAUUAAUGAAAAUGGGGCAAGACAGGGGAGUUGAAUUUCUGAUUGUUGAUACUAGUGCUUUCAUCAAGAAUGUUCCUCUUCAGGAAGUUGGAGAGAAUAUUAUUACAGAACAGAGUGUUAUUGAUGAGAUAAAAAGUAAGAGACAACUGAGGAGACUAGUCGUGUUGCCUUAUGAGCUGUCAAUAAAGGAUGUCUUUCCUGAGAAUAUUCAGUUUGUCACGGAAUUCGCGAAGAAAACUGGAGACUACACGAGCCUCUCUGCGACAGAUAUUAAAGUGAUUGCACUGACUUAUCAAUUAGAAAAGGAAAAAGUGGGAAAAGAUCACCUCAAAGAGGCACCUGCGAUAGUAAAGACACUUCCAGCAAUAAAAUCUGAACCUCUGGCACAUCCCAAGAGUAUCAUCGGGUUUUAUAUCCCUGGGCGUGAGGAUAAAGAAGAGGAGGACUCUGAAGAUGAGAAUCCUCAAGACGAUGGGAAAACCUCAGAAUCAGGGGAUCCUCCAAAGAAAGAAAUUACCCUGGAAGGGAAAGGAGACACGUCAGGGGCGUCUGACAGUGAUGUAGAUGAAGAAUCAGAGGGCUAUCUCACUGCUCAAUCAGACCAGGAUCCCCUGGCGGAAGAUUUGACUUCAAGGUUCCAAAAGCUCAACUGCAGUCCUGAUGAACUCCAGCUGGAGACUGGGGCUGAGAACCCCGACGAAAUUCUAGCAUCUGUUACCAAGGACUCGAGUGACGAGGAAGUCGUCACCUCGGAGAGUGAUGACGACGAUGAGGGCUGGAUCACCCCGGGUAAUGUGGCACAAGCAAAAAAGGAUAUGGAAUCGGACAUAAUAUCUGACAAACCAGCAAAAGUCGCUUGCAUGACGACUGAUUUCGCGAUGCAAAAUGUCCUCAUGCAAAUCGGUCUCAAUGUCGCUGCCUUGGAUGGUAGAGUCAUAAGACAAAUGAGAACAUUUAUUUUCCGGUGUUACGCUUGCUUUAAGACCACCAGCAUCAUGACCAAAGUAUUCUGCCCCAAUUGCGGGCUGAAGACACUUAAGAAAGUCGCGGUAUCGUUGGAUGACCAGGGUAAUGAGAAGAUUCACAUUAAUUUCAGAAAACCGCUCUCUGCCAAAGGAAAAAAGUUCUCCUUGCCGACUCCGAAAGGAGGAAAACACGCCAACAAUCCGAUUCUCUGUGAGGACCAGCCAAUCCCAGAUCAGAGGCCCUCGAGGCUAGCACGAAUGAAGAAUGAUCCUCUCAACGACGACUACAUCGCAGGCUUCUCUCCCUUUAUAAUGAGAGAUGUCAAUUCCAAAUCUGCAAUGCUGGGCAUCCGAGCUGGACAUUCUAACUUCAAGUACUGGAUGAAGAAGAAUCCAAACGAGUCCAGGAAAAAACGGAAAUGAAUCAUUACUAAUCCCGAACUUCUCAAUCUAAUCUUUACAAUAAAGAGAAAAAAAA